GUCAAUGUCAUGUUUGUAUACAAUUUACGUCAAACGGUAUUUUUCAUUGGCAUUUGUUGUCAGUUAACUUUAUUUUGCCGCCUUAAUUUAUAAAAUAUUUACACUUAUUUAUAUUUAUUAUGCACUUACACUUUUUAUAAUUUGUGUAAACUUCGUUUUAUGGUAAAUUAGAUCCUUUCUUUUCUAGAGAGACCAUGUUUGCUGAAAAAGUCAUAGAAUUAUUGAAAGAAGCAGAAAGAAAUCCAGUUACCAUCGAUCCCUUUAAUGAUGAUAAGAUACGGCAAAUAUUGGAAGAGAUGCAGACUUUGUUCAGGAUGAAUAUGAAUGAUGCAAAUGCAACAAUGGAAAAUAAAACUCUAUGGACCACAGUGCAGGUGAGACAUUCAGCACUAGAACGGAACAAACGCUGUCUGCUUGCAUAUCUCUACAGUAGAAUGGCCAAGAUUAAGACAUUAAGAUGGGAAUUUGGUGCAAUAUUACCUGCUGAUGUGCGUGAACUCCUAUCAGAUGAUGAAUAUGAGUGGUUCACAAAAUAUUCUAUGAACUUAGCUUCAUAUAUGAGAUCAUUGGGACAGGAUAUAGGGUAUAAUGGUAUUGACCUAACGGAAAACCUUAAACCACCAAAAUCUUUAUACAUUGAAGUUCUAUGCAUGGCAGAUUAUGGGAAACUGGAACUGGAAGAUGGUGAUGUAAUCUUGUUAAAAAAGAAUAGUAGACAUUUCUUGCCAACAUCAGAAUGUCAGACACUUAUCCGACAAGGAAUAUUAAAACAACUAAGUUAAGUAUUUUAAAUUUUAAAUAAAAGAAUAUAUGGAUG